AUGGACAAAAUCUCGACGUGGCCCAAUACGAACCACGAGAAGGACGUAAUCGGCGUUCUGCUAUGGAACCGAUGGUUAUUGCGAGUUCUUGGGAUCUGGCCGUUAAUAUAUCCGAACACCACAAGGAUCGAAAAGAUCCUGGCAAUUUUCUUAUUCGUGUCGUGCUGGACUGCACUCAGUUUGUUCCUGGUACUUACGAGCAUGUACACUUUCACGGACCGAAGUGUCAUGGACGAAAAAAUGAAGAUGCUGGGCCCGCUAGGCUACGUGUUCUUCUCCAUGCUGAAAUACUUUUUCCUAGUGGUACGUCACAAGAAUAUUCGGCGAUGUAUUCAGAUUCUCAGUACAGAUUGGCGCAUAGUUCGCGAGGGAUAUCACCGGGAAAUCAUGAUAAGGGACGCGGAGCAGGGCCACCUGCUAUCCAAAUUCUGUAUAAUGCUCAUGUAUUGUGGCGGGCUGUCUUACAACACGGUGAUGCCUUUUUUGUCACAAACGUUCGACGUAAACGAACAAGGCAACGUCACCGUCCGACCGAUGGCUUAUCUCGGCUUCGACAUCGUCUUCAAUUUGCAGCUAAUGCCAGUUUAUGUGUUCACCUUUUCCCUCCAAUGUUUUAUCGGUAUUGUCAUGUUCAACAUCACCACAUCGGUGUGCUGCUUAGCGGCCAUGUUCGUCGCUCACACAUGUGGCCAGAUCGACAUCGUGAUCGCACGCGUGGAGGAUCUUCUCAAAGGAGAUGGCAAUCAGUUUGAGAGAUGCAUGGCGAUUAUCGUACAGCAUCAUUUGCGAGCAUUGAGAUUUUCAGCUAGCAUUGAAAAUACCUUGCGCGAGUUAUGUCUAGUCGAGAUAGUGGAAGCGACGUUGAUAAUGUGCUUCUUAGAAUAUAGCCUGAUAACGGAGUGGGACAAUAGUGACAGUAUAGCGCUCUUCACAUUCGUCUUUCUAUUCCUUUCAUUUGUCUUCAACAUCUUUAUAUUUUGUUACAUCGGCGAAGUAUUAACCGAACAGUGCAGCAAAGUCGGACAUUAUGCGUAUAAGAUUGAAUGGUAUAAUUUACCGGGGAAAGUCGCUCUUGACCUGAUGUUGAUAAUUAAUAUGUCUCGACAUCCAGUGCAAAUUACUGCUGGAAAAUUAAUAAAUCUCUCUUUCGCUAAUUUUGGAAAUGUACUGAAAACAUCGGUUGCAUAUUUAAAUUUGAUUCGAACUGCCGUUUGAUAAAGUAACAUGCGAUCAUUCGGAUUCUCUCUGGCGCAAAAAGCAUUAAUAAAUAUUUUUAAGGUGAAAAAUGUAUGCGU